AUGGAAACGAGAUGGGGGUUACCGAAGGAGAACGAGAAUGUGGUAAUGAAGUUGGGGUCCGUCAUCACCUCGGUAGGCGAAGCCUUGCCAUGGGCGAUGCCAGGCAGGCUAGGUGGGCUAGAAGGCCAUCUGAUCAGCGCCGAUGUAGAGGAGAGAGGGGGCGACGUCAGGGAUGCGUUGUGCGGUGCAAGCGACGUCCUUGGCAUGAGAGGCGACUCCGAAGCAGGGGAAAAAACAGGCAGUUGCAUGGGCAACUCCUUCAGGGAAGCUGGACUUGGCCUGGGCUUAGGAAGGCAAUGUACUGACCUGGGCGUUGAUGCUAUCCCCUCUGAGCUUCCAAGCGGUGCCACUAUUCGCGAUAAUCUCGACAGCACCAAUUUUUGUGAAAAGGCAUUGGGCAGCGUCUGUGGAUGCACUACUCGGCUAAGUGGUGGCAGGCGUCCCCUUAGGCCGCUGGGAGAUGGCGGACCACGUCCUAGUAUGCUGGGUCAUGGUGCUUUGGAGGUUAGCAAUGCGGGCAGGAAGCCAGGUGGUAAAGGCGACACCAGAAGCUCUGCUAAAAGGAGGGAGUGUGAUGCCUUUUCUUUAGUAAGAUGA